UGGCGGCGGAAGAGGAGAGCGAUAGCGUCCCGAUCAAAGUGGUGCCAUGCAGCAAGAAGCAGAGAGAUGUAGAGUUCGAACCAAAAGGCCUGACAUGGCACUCUAUGUUCCUAAAGCUCGAAGGGGAACAGCUCUCCUCAAGCCAGGUGACCAGGAGGAAGGUCAUGGGCCUUCUGCCUUUGUGUCAAAAGAUCAAAAAGAAGGUUGUCUUCCCCAGAAGAUCUCUGCAAGUAAACCCGAGUCCCAAAGACUACGUGCAGGUCAUUCUGAUAGAAGGGAUAUUGACUGUAGGGAAGGAAAGAGAUGUUCAUCAAAAGUAAGGAAAGACGGGUGCCCACAAAAAAAGAAUAAAGAGAAGGCUUGCUCUAAGAAAGGAACUGAAGAGUCCAUAGAAGCCUCGUCCCAAGAACAUCAGUGCCGAGCUCCUGAUGCUGGGAUUACGUCUAGUGUACCUUUACAAAGACUUCUUAAACCAAAGGAGGUGGACUGUUUGGAAGUUCAGACUGCAGGAGUGACAGGACACUGGGGGUUGUCUCCAUCUCAGUCGUCCUCAGAAGUCAGUGCUGCUCAGGUUUCAAACAGACCAUUCCAGAAUGUGGAACUCUGUGAUUUCAGUGGGGAAACUUUUGUAAAUAGAAAUUUGGAAAGCAGCAUUGUAACUGAGGCCAAAGUUCCGGAGCUAGUCUCCCAAUUUCCUCAAGUUGUUACCGCUCUGCUGAAACCAGACGGUAUGGCUAUGCCAGUAACACUAGGUUCUGAUUCUGAAACUGCACCAUCCAAUAUGGAAACAUCAGAUGGAAUGUCAAAGCACAGUCCUGGGAACAUCUCUGCGGUUUCUGUUCCUGGAGGUCCAGAUGAACAUGUUGAUUCAACUUUUGAAGACUUUGAAGUUGAGAGUGAGGAGUCAACAGGAAAGUUGAUAGAAAGUGUGCCAGAUUGUGCUUCCUCUUUACCCAUAAAGACGACUGCUGAUAGCAAUAGUACCACUCGUCUGGACUCUGAACUGAGGAUGUCACAUGCGUCAGAUGUACCUUUGGAGAGUGCCUUGGGCAGUGAUCUGGAUACUACUGAGAUGACAGAGGCCUUGCACGACCUAAAAACUGCUGAAGAGUUUAAAACAAAAGAGGAAGAUGACUCAGAGAGUGUAGUGUGUGGCAUAUCAUUUUCUGAUUCAUCUGUGGAAACAUCUGUAGAUCUAAAAACAACAGACACUUCUCACAUACAAGGAAGUAUUGCUGUGGAGGAAAGCUGGGAAUCUAUGUUUAAUGAUGAUGGUGAUUGUGUAGCUCCAUGUCUUCUACAAGAGUUCUCUGGGAAUAUGAAGAACAGAAAAAGCAUCCAGGAGCCUAGAUUUGAUUAUUACAGCCAUGAACUUCCUGAUAUUGACCUCAGUGAAUGUGAAUUCCCACAUGUCAUUGAAAUUUAUGACUUUCCUCAAGAAUUUCGUACAGAAGACCUUUUGCGGAUUUUCUGCAGUUACCAAAAGAAAGGAUUUGAUAUUAAAUGGGUAGAUGAUACACAUGCCUUAGGAAUUUUCUCCAGUCCAAUCACAGCUCGAGAUGCCCUGGGUAUUAAACAUACCAUGGUGAAGAUCCGUCCCUUGUCACAGGCCACAAGAGCAGCCAAGGCCAAAGCUAGAGCAUGUGCUGAGUUUCUCCAGCCAGCAAAGGAACGACCUGAGACUUCAGCAGCCUUAGCCAGAAGGCUAGUCAUCAGUGCCCUUGGGGUUCGAAGCAAACAGAGCAAAUCUGAACGGGAAGCAGAGCUCAGGAAACUUCAGGAAGCCCGAGAGAGAAAACGGUUGGAAGCCAAGCAACGAGAAGACAUCUGGGAAGGCAGAGACCAAUCUAUGGUUUGAAUAUCGGUUCCUGAAAGGAAUGAAUCCAUGAAUUCUGAAGUGUUUGAUAUUCUUGAGACAUGAGGAUCUUUCCAAAGCUGUGCACAUGCAGAUGAGCAUGUUAAGGAAAACGUGAACAAAACAGACGACUUGGAGAACAAGGGUCCAGUCCUCACUCUUGAAUUCAGACCUGUCCACUGUGACAGAGAUGUUAAAAGGAAUUGUCAUGUGGGAAAGAAAAUGGAAGUGGCUUCUAAGCGUCCUGGGUGGAACAGGUCAUGUUCAUGUGGGUCAGGCCUCCAGGAAGUCUGAAGCAAAUGUAAAGCAAAACAGAGGAUUCAAGCCCGCAGUGAUAGGAGUUGGAGGUCCGUGGCAGGGCGUUCCUUAGUACUUCUCAGAGUUGAGAACUGCAGGAUGAGGGGCAGCAGUAAGAGGGGGAGUGGAAGUAGCUCACAGACAGGAGUGCCUGGUGCACUUGGUGCAUACAGGGACUACACUGCUGGCCCAGAACUCCAGAGCCACUGAACCACGGCGCAUCUUGGGUAUUUGUCUCCUUAGUGUGUACUAAGCUUGGGGCCUGGUACUGCUCCAGCUGCACAGCAGCCGGGUCUGCUGCCUUCCUUCCUCACAAGAACCAGCCCUAGGAAGCUGAGUGCCGCUCCAGUUUAAUCAGUGAUAUGUUGUGAGAGGGAGAAAUUAAAGGCUAUUUUAUAACAUAAAUCAUUAUGGUGUUUAUAAAUCUUAACCCCUACCCAAAAACCAACAUCAGAAGAAAACAGAAAAACCUGUAGAUGCGUUCUCUAGUCUUCAUGUCUCUGAUGAUAUGCCUGGUUUAAACAGGUUCUAACUUUUAUCAGCCCAGCGAGUAUAGUGCUCUCUGUCUUUUCUGCCCUAGAGUAGAUCCCUAAGUGUCGUCUUGGCAGUUCUGUGUGGCAGCUUCUCUUGCCCUCAUCUCCUCAUGCAUCUUCCCUCCAACCUCUUGCAUUUCUCCAUAGCUGUCAAAUCUGACACCCUACAGGGAACAUCUGGCACACAGUAUGUUCUUGGUACGAUCUUAGCCUGUGCCAGAGGGGCUUGGCAAGCCGUGCCAGACCAUCCAGUACAGUGAUGAGCCGAGCCGCAGGAUAAAAUAAACACCUCUAGCAGUGAACAGUUUCCAAAAGGACACGGACAGGUUAGAGCCUCCAACUCGGCCUUUUCUGUCUCGUAGCUGCCUUCUUGGUGGUUUUGGAAAGUAGUUCUGUGCUGGGGAGACGGUGGAGCUAGUCUUUAAGGUGCUGAAGUGGCAGGAACUGCUGUCACAUUGUGUUUUCAACUGGGGCAGAAGCUUCUUUUUAUACCCGUGACAAUGAUGGAUUAUUAGCUUUGUCUAGAGCGUGGUAGAAUGGGGCUCUUCAAAUAUCCCUCGAUGACCCUGGCCAGAGUCCUGACCUUCCCCUGUUGCUAGUCCUGGCUGGAGCUCUGUCACAGUUCUUCAGCAUUGUUUCUUCACUCCAGGUUUGCCUUUCCAGAGGCUCUGUACAGUGCCAUCAUUCCAUAUGUGGGAAGGCAUUGUUUUCCUGAUGCUCUGUUUCUGCUCAGGUCUUCGGCUUCCACUGUAUGGCCUGUGCUGUGCUUACGCUGCUUUGUUUGAGCAGUGGGUACAAUGAAAGAAAAUA